GAUAACUAUUGACCGCAUGGUGAAAUGGAAAGCACAAGAAAAGGUACUGGUUACAUUAAAAGAAUACUUGCCAUUAUCAUAGCAAUAACCAUCAUUGUGAACAUUUUAGUAUUAUUGCACUUUAAACAACCAUUACGCUAUGAACAACAGUACCAAAACAGGAUCAACCAGUCAAGGAAACAGUUUCUUUACUUGGUUCAAACAGAAGAGUGUUUGCCAGAUAAUUUACUCGGGAAGCCAGUGUUAGGAGAUGCAUAUACUGCUGAUGUUCUUGUACUCAGCUUUAAGAGAGAGUGUAAAUAUGACAAAAAUAUGAAACACUUGAUAUACAUCUAUAGCCAGGAUAAAGGUACUACAUGGGAAUCUGGACGUAAUUAUCUAUACACAUUUGCAAAGGAACAUUUAAAAACAUACACCUAUUACAUCUUUAUGGAUGAUGAUCUGGAUUUCUUUGUGACCAAAUCAAAGUUCCUUCAAGAGGAACUCGUUCAACAAGUCCAGCAAUCAGAUGUGUCAAUCCUACGCCAAUUCGAGGAUUUUCUCCUACGUUCGAAACCAGCAUUAAGUGCACCAUUUAGGAUUAAUUAUUCCCCGGAUGAUGAUCCAUAUGACAUUGUAGAAUGUUGUCUAGGAAACUACAAUGUUGACACACAAUGGAACUUGUCAGAGAAAGUUCCUAUGAUAAGAUUUGAUGAAUGUUUUAUCGCGAUUCACAAGGAUGCAGUAGAUCACAUUAUGCCAAUAAUUACAAAAUAUGAACACAUUGAUGUAUGGGGCUCAUGCAAAUAUUUCCACAUGAAAGCUUAUUUUAUGUUUCGCAAACAAAUGUCUAGGUUCACACCAAUGACUGUGUAUAACAAAAGACACAAUACGUACCCCCAAAACACCGUCACGUACCCAGAUGUGAUAAGUAAUAUUUUACUUGAAACUCCAAACAAACUCAGAGAGAAGCCGAUUUUCUUAAACGCUAAAAGAGGCCUUGCGAUAAAGUCUGUGCAAACGUAUAUCAUGGUUGAUCCCAGAAAACCGCCUUUUCAACUUGCACCAAUUGAAGACCCAAUCGCUCCAUGGAAAUACAUAGAUAUUUUGGAAAAUGAAUCAAGGUGAUGAAAUCAAUUUAGCCUAGAAAUCCAAUUGCAAAAAUACAAAAAAGUACUAAGAUAGUACUCAUGGCAACUUGGAACUAAUUGAAUACUUAUUUUAGCAAAUAGUAAUACUACAUGAGCACUUAUGACAUGAGUAGCCUACUAACUGACUAAUUCAUUGCAUGUUUUAGUACUAAAUGAGUACUCACAUGAUGAGUGAUAAAAUGUGCUAAUUCCAUACUCAAUGAGCACUCAUAUUAUGAGCACUAAUUAAGUGCAUGUUUUAGUACUAAAGUGUAUAUCAUGAGUGAUGAAAUAGUGCUAAUUUCAUUGAUAUUUCAUAACUCAAUGAGUGCUCAUACUAUGAGUACUAAUUUAUUGCACAUGUAUCAUGAGUGACGA